AGAGAAGGAUUUAGCCACAGAGAGAAGAAAUGGCAGCGGAGAAGUGGCAUUACAAUGUGGUGUCGCUGCUCUCCGGAACGGAGAGGGACUUUCUCAUCCGUAACAAUGGCGAGAAGGUAGCCAUCAGCAGUCUUGACGGGAAAAAGUUUGGUCUCUUCUUGUCGGACAACUGUUACGAAAGAAUCGUCACUGAUGAUCUGAUCAAAGUAUACAAUCAGCUGUCCUCGGAGGGCCGCGAUUUCGAGAUUGUCUUCGUGUCAUGUGAUUCAUGCGAGGAGACCUUCAAUAGGUACUUCUCAGAUAUGCCAUGGUUGGCAGUCCCAUUUGCGGACUCCGACACACGCGAAAGGCUACAUGAUCAUUUCGGCAGUUUCGAGGAGUAUUAUCCCGCUCAGCUUGUCAUCUAUGAUGCCGCUAUUGGCAUGGUCGUUAACGAAGAAGGUCUCCGAGCUGUGGCAAAAUAUGGUGUAAACGGGUAUCCAUUUACUGUUAAGAGGUUCUACGAGUUGGAGGCGGCUGCUAAGAAGGAACGGAGUCUUCGAAGUCUGUUGGUUUCGCAGUCCCGGGACUACUUGAUCUCCAAUGAUGGAUCCAAGGUUGCCGUGUCGGAUCUCGAAGGAAAGAUUGUGGCUUUUUACUUCUGGAUUAAUAUUCCUGAUAAAUACGGCGGUCCCGAUAAGUUGACUCUGGUGCUGGCUGAAAUCUAUAGGAAGCUUAAGGAAGCCGGGGAGAGCUUCGAAGUUGUGCUGGUGCCAUUAGAGGAUAAUAAAUCAUCCUAUGAACAAGGCCUGGCAAGCAUGCCAUGGCUCGCGAUUCCUUUCGAAGACGAGGGCUGUGAGAAGCUUGUCCGCUACUUUGAGCUCUGGCCCUUCCAAUUACCAACCGUGCUUGUGAUCGGUGCCGAUGGGAAGAUUAUGCUUAAAAAUUACGAUAGGCUCAUCUCCAAGUAUGGAGUUUUAGCAUGGGAAGCAUUCCCGUUCUCUAAGGAGCAACUGGAUUUAUUGCCAGAGAAGGCAAAGGCCGCACAAACACUGGAAUCUCUUCUUGUUGCUGGGGACCUCGAUUAUGUCAUUGGGAAAGAAGGCUUGAAGGUUCCGGUGAAGGAGCUCGUUGGCAAGACCAUCCUCCUCUUCUUCUCGAUUCGUAGGUCCGGUACAUGUCGCGGAUUUGUUCCCCAUCUGAUCGAGGAGUAUCACAAGAUCAAGCGCAUGGAUAGUGCUUUCGAGGUGGUCAACAUCUCGAUGGACAAAGAUCAGGAUUCCUUUGAUCAGUUUUUCUCUGGCAUGCCAUGGUUGUCGCUGCCGUUCGGUGAUGAGAGGAAGAAAUCUUUGGAACGCACUUUCGGAGUCAAUAUCCCCUACCCCUCCCUGGUUGCCAUUGGUCCUACAGGUCGAACUAUCACAAGGAACGCCAUGUAUUCGUUGGCGACCCAUGGAGCCGAUGCCUACCCGUUCAGCGAAGAGAGGAUCAAGGAGUUGGACCAGAAGAUAGACGAGAUGGCAAAGGGAUGGCCUGAGAAGAGGAAGCAUGAGCAACACAAGCAUGGGAAGUUGGAGUGGAGCUGCCUGCACGGCCUGUAUAGGUGUGGUGACUGCCACAAGAUUGGAAGUGGAUGGUGCUACUUGUGCUCCAUGUGCAGUUUCGGUCUCCACCCCAAAUGUGCACUGAAGGAGGAGAAGAAGGAAGAGGAAGAACAUGAUGAAGGAUCUGAGUGUGAUGGAGAGGUUUACAACGAUUUCGAAGAUUCUGAAAAUUCCGAAGAUUCCGAAGAUUCCGAAGAUUCCGAAGAUUAUGAAGAUUCUGAAUAAGAAUAUGUAAUGCAAUGGUGUUUAUGUUUUGAUGGGAAGAGCUUUCGAUCGAUGCAAUGAAAGUAGCGGCAUUAUG